CAACAGCUCAAACAUCCCACCAGCAACCUGCAAACCACAACCGACAAGACACCCAUCCAGCACCCCACCAACCAAGCAACCAUGUCGCAAUCCACAGCAGCAACAGCCGCCGCCCCCAACUCGGACCCCAAACCCGACAACAACAACCGACUCUACGACCCGGCCCUGCCCCGAGACGGCACCCUCCUCCAGCAAACCCUCCGGCCCGCGCCCGACGCCAUCGCCCUCUGCACACCACACAUUCCCCCCUCCAUCACCACCGAACCCAUUAUCGACGUGGGGCUUUCCCUCCCCAACCCCAACGACGUCCUCCUCAUCAUCCCCACCGCCAACGCCUCCAAAACCGCCCUCUUCACCAGCCACCUCGCCGCCACGCGGCCGUCGCACAUCACUUCCUUGACCCACCUCCAGAUCCCGGCCGAGUCGGGCGUCGGCGAGCAGCCGUACGACAGCGCCGGCCCGCGCGGCGCCUUCAACCGCGUCCUGGGCGCCGUGAGCGCGCUGCAGGUUGAUCCCGCGCACCGCGAGGCGUUGCUGAAGGUGCGGCCGGGCACGGUGAUCGUGGGCGCGGUGGAGAACUUUGUGAGGCGGGAGCGGGGCGCGGACGGGGUGGUGGUGCCGGUGGACUACGGGGUGGUGGUGAUGUGCCGGAUGUCGUUGGCUAGCAGGGAGCCGGGCCCGUGGGAGUGGCGGGUCGGUGUGUCCCAGGGGGUGACGGUGCCGGUGGAGUAUUGGAGGGCGGCUGAGGCGUUUGGGUUUGAGGAUGAGGCGGGCACGCAUGGUAAGGUCACGGUGGGCGAGGUGAUCGAGGCGAAUGUGGAGGGGGUGGAUUCGGGGAAUUGGUUCGAGUCGUUGACCGCGGCGCGCGUGUCGAGGUAUGACUUGUUGAGGGGCGCCAUGGAGGGGAUGGAGGUUCCGUGGCCGGUGGCUACGGGGGCGGAUGCGCCCGCUGUGGUGGUGUAAAAGGCAUCUAAGACCCUUAAGACAUUGCGUUUAGAUCGGCAACGGCCGUGUAGUAGACCCCUAUUAUCUAGACUAGAAACUAACUCCCGUUUAACACUGCAAUUUUAAACGGCUUCCAUGACUUGACCUGGCUACUCAGUGAAUCCUCAGAUCUCUUGCCUAAACCUCACGGUUGUCCUGCCUUCUCGGGCGCGCUUUGUGAACGCACCCUCCGUGUCGUUAACCUUUUCCACUGCGCUCGAAACGACUUGACCUGCUGUUUC